CAGACAGUCAAUGCACCAAACGAGAGAAUAGAUGAAAUACCGCGAGAGCGCACGAGAUCUACACUUCCUCAAAAUGUAAACAGAAGUCUGUAGUUGCAGAGUGAUUUCUUCAGUAUAACAAGACGAGUAUGUAACUUGCCAUGGUCGUAUUAAAAACAUAGAGACUCCAGUGUGGGGCUGUAAUGGGUUCUUCUCUGGUGCUGAUGAUAUGGACACUAAAGGGACCGACGAGGUGGAGAAACUGAAAUCCAAGUUUAUGUCAGCAUGGCACAAUGUGAAGUACAGUUGGGCUCUCAAAACAAAAACUGCCUUUAGCCGUAACUCUCCUGUUUUCUUGUUGGGGAAAUGCUACCAUUUCAAGUCUGUGGAUGACGAAAGCCCCACUGAGAAUUGCACAGCUGAGGCUUUAGACCAUGAAGUUAUCAUGGGCAAUGUUGAUGGAUUUCGAAGAGACUUCACCUCACGAGUUUGGCUGACCUAUCGAGAAGAGAUUCCUGGCCUUCCAGGCUCUCCUCUUACUUCAGACUGUGGAUGGGGAUGUACACUCCGGACAGGGCAGAUGAUAUUGGCCCAAGCUCUUCUGCUUCACAUCCUUGGAAGAGAUUGGACCUGGUCUGAAGCACUGACCUUGGAGCCCUUGGAUACAGAGACAUGGACCAGCAGUGCAGCACGGAGACUGGUGGCCACAUUAGAGGCCUCUCUUCCGGGCGAUAGAGCACAUGUCACCCAAACUCUCUGCUCAGGCCAGGGAGGGGCUGAGGAAGCUGACUCCUACUUGAAAGAGGCAUAUCACCGCACCAUUGUGUCUUGGUUUGGGGAUGGACCCACAGCUCAUCUGGGCAUUUAUAGACUAGUGGAACUUGGAAUGACAUCAGGGAAGCAGGCAGGAGAUUGGUAUGGACCUGCAGUGGUGGCUCACAUACUCAAAAAAGCUGUUGGUGAGGCAACAGACCCCAUGCUGAAGAGCAUAAGUGUAUAUGUAGCACAGGAUUGCACUGUGUACAGUGCUGAUGUUAUUGAUAGCCAUUCAGGGCAGACGGGCAGGCACAGUGAUCCUCAAGGACUCAAUACUGGAGCUGCCCCUGAUGGUCGGGCUGUCAUCAUACUCAUUCCCGUAAGAUUGGGUGGAGAGAAGAUCAACCCAGAAUACUUGAGCUUUGUCAAGAGCAUAUUAAGUUUAGACUACUGUAUCGGCAUCAUUGGUGGAAAGCCUAAACAGGCCUACUAUUUUGUCGGAUUUCAAGAUGACAGCUUGAUUUACAUGGAUCCUCAUUACUGUCAGUCUUUUGUAGAUGUCAGCACAAGCGAUUUCCCUCUGCAGUCUUAUCAUUGCCCAUCACCAAAGAAAAUGACUUUCAAUAAAAUGGACCCAAGCUGUACAAUUGGAUUCUACUCCAAAAAUGUGGAACACUAUGAAAGAAUUAACACCGAAUUGUCAAAGAUAUUGCAGACUUCAUCAAAAGAAAAAUACCCCGCAUUCACCUUUAUGAAAGGUCAUGGGAAGGAUUAUGAACUUUCAGUUCCUGUGGAAGAAAGGGAAUGGCCCUUCAUCAGGGACACAAGGAAAGCAGGUGCAUCAUCAGAUGACUUUGUGCUUCUCUAAAAGCCAAGUGAUACUUUGCAACAUGUGCCAUAUUGGGCACAACUUUACAAAGUAUCAAUACAUAUAUGUCUGUAUGGAUGUAUGUCUAUAUUUGAAGACGGAUGGUUGGUUGAUGUUUGGUCUGGAUUUUUUCGUGCUCGUGGACAUCACAGAUUAUGGUUUAUCUUACACACGGCUACAUAGAGAUUUAAGUUCAGAAUAUAUUUACUGCCUAAACCUGCUAAUAUUUUAUCGUGUUUGAUAAGGGCAGGUGGGGUAAAAAUAUUGUUUUUUUAUUUCAAAGAAAAGUCACUAGAAUCAAAUAAUUUUUCUUUUUUUGUUUUUCUUAAAAUAAUAGAACAAAACAUAUAUUGUCUGCUUUUGGAAACAUGUCAUAUUGUGAUUAAUCAGAUGAACUUGAUCAUAACUUAUGUAGCCAUGGUGCAGUAUUUGUAUUUUUUUUAUGCUAACUGGAGAUAAUAAUGUGCCUUUACCAGUGAGUAGAAACACUGUAUCUCAUAUGUCAUGGUGCCUCUAUUUAACAAUGGUAGCUAUGUAAAGUCUGCUAUCUGCAUUUUAAGAAAUAUUAAAAUAUGCUUAUUAUAACUUUUUGUUUUAUCAAAACGAUUAACAUUACAAUAUGUGAACCUAAAUAGUUUCAGAGCUGCUGAGAUCUCAUAGUUUUUGGGAACUAACUGUAUUAUGUUAAAGGUCUAAUGCAGGACAACCAGUAUGAAUCAAGUGAUUUACGUUUAUUUCAUUUAUUGAUCAUUUCAAAAUUAACAUCAAUAUUAUUAUCCUUCCAUAUCAUUAGCAUUUUUGGUGGACCAAAGCAUCAUUGGACUUAUAACACUAGCUGUCAUACACAACCCAAUUUACUAAUUCUGCCAUUGUAAUUAAAGGGAUUUUGUAAAUGGCCACGUUGUAUUUCAAUACCAUACUUUGCCAAAAUCAUUUUUGCACAAUGAACAUUUCAAUGUUAUAAUUUGUUGAUUUCAAAGAUAUACAAUAAAUCUAAUAUGGUUGACUAUUUAGAA